UUUUCUAGACAACAUGCCCYUGCGAAGCUCCGGCAAGCUGAGCAUGGAGAGCAGGAGGGAGGACAGCGAGAGCACAGCGUCUGCCCCGCCGCAGAAGAAACUGUCCUGCCAGUGCCACCACCAUUGCCCUGAGGACUCGGUCAACAGCACCUGCAGCACUGAUGGCUACUGCUUCACCAUCAUAGAAGAAGAUGAGGCCGGUGGACAUUUAGUCACCAAGGGAUGUCUAGGAUUAGAGGGUUCAGACUUCCAGUGCCGGGACACUCCCAUUCCACACCAAAGAAGAUCGAUUGAAUGCUGCACGGGUCAAGAUUACUGUAACAAACAUCUUCACCCUACACUGCCGCCCCUGAAAAACAGAGACUUUGCUGAAGGAAAUAUUCACCACAAGGCCUUGCUGAUAUCAGUGACUGUUUGCAGUAUUCUUCUGGUGCUUAUUAUCAUAUUCUGCUACUUCAGGUACAAGAGGCAGGAGACACGGCCACGCUACAGCAUCGGGCUGGAGCAGGACGAGACCUACAUCCCGCCGGGAGAAUCCCUGAAGGAUCUGAUCGAGCAGUCGCAGAGCUCUGGCAGCGGCUCYGGGCUCCCUCUCCUGGUUCAGAGGACCAUAGCCAAGCAGAUUCAGAUGGUGAAGCAGAUUGGAAAAGGUCGCUACGGAGAAGUCUGGAUGGGAAAGUGGCGCGGAGAAAAAGUAGCUGUGAAAGUGUUCUUUACCACGGAGGAGGCCAGCUGGUUCAGAGAAACAGAAAUCUACCAAACCGUCCUGAUGAGGCACGAAAAUAUUCUUGGAUUCAUUGCUGCAGACAUUAAAGGUACGGGCUCCUGGACCCAGCUCUAUCUCAUCACGGACUACCACGAGAACGGCUCACUCUACGACUACCUGAAAUCCACCACCUUGGACACCAAGGCCAUGCUGAAGCUGGCCUACUCCUCGGUGAGCGGCUUGUGCCACCUGCACACGGAGAUCUUCAGCACCCAAGGCAAGCCGGCCAUCGCCCACCGGGACCUCAAGAGCAAGAACAUCCUGGUCAAGAAGAACGGAACCUGCUGUAUAGCAGAUCUGGGCUUAGCUGUUAAAUUCAUUAGCGACACCAACGAGGUGGACAUUCCUCCCAACACGCGUGUAGGGACCAAGCGCUACAUGCCCCCCGAGGUGCUGGACGAGAGCUUGAACAGAAACCACUUCCAGUCGUACAUCAUGGCCGACAUGUACAGUUUUGGGCUCAUCCUCUGGGAGAUCGCAAGGAGAUGCGUGUCGGGAGGCAUCGUGGAGGAAUACCAGCUGCCCUACCACGACGUGGUGCCCAGCGACCCCUCGUACGAGGACAUGCGGGAGAUCGUGUGCAUCAAGCGGCUCCGCCCGUCCUUCCCCAACAGGUGGAGCAGCGAUGAGUGCCUGCGCCAGAUGGGCAAGCUGAUGCUGGAGUGCUGGGCGCACAGCCCCGCGUCGCGCCUCACCGCCCUGCGCGUCAAGAAGACGCUCGCCAAGAUGUCAGAGUCGCAGGACAUCAAGCUCUGACGCCGCCGCUCGCCCCCC